CAAUGCAAACAGUUUUGAUUUAAACAUCAUUCAAUGAAACUUCCUUCAGAAAAGUAGGGUGACUGGGCGGGAGCUUGUGACUAUCACAACUUCCUCUAUAGUAGCGCAUGGAAGAGUUGAGCGCGAGCAUUCUCUCACUCGGUGCUUUGAGAGAGAGCUGAGCACUUCUGGACACCCGUGAGGAGCAACAGGACUACAGAGCUGUUAAACAGGCCAACUAAACUGACCGCAGCACACUCGACACGGACAGACAGAGUACUGAAAGAGUUUUGACUGGGGACUGACUCGGAUCAGGAGCAACAUGAGCGAGCGCUUUGACUGUGACAACUGCAAGGAGUCCUUAUACGGCAGGAAGUACAUCCAGGCAGAGGACAACCCUUACUGCAUCCCUUGCUACGACAGCCUCUUCGCCAACACCUGUGAUGAGUGCAAAGAGCUGAUUGGCCAUGAUUCAAGAGAGCUAUUUUACGAGGACCGUCACUACCACGAGCACUGCUUCCGCUGUUUCCGCUGUGACCGUUCGCUGGCAGACGAGCCCUUCACCAGCCAGGACGAUGCUCUUCUGUGCAACGACUGCUACUGCAAUGAGUUCUCCUCCAAAUGUGUGGCCUGCGAUAAAACUGUCAUGCCUGGAUCCAGGAAGCUUGAGUAUGCCGGCUCCACAUGGCAUGAGGGAUGUUUCAUUUGCAACAGCUGUCAACAACCAAUAGGCUCCAAGUCAUUUAUCCCAGAUAAAGAUGACCACUAUUGUGUAACCUGCUAUGAGAACAAGUUCGCACCGCGUUGUACCCGAUGUAAACAGGCCUUGGCUAAAGGUGGUGUGACCUAUAGGGAUGAGCCAUGGCAUAAGGAGUGCUUUGUGUGCACAAGCUGUAAAGUCCAACUAGCUGGCCAGCACUUCACCUCCCGUGAUGACAGCCCAUACUGCCUCAAAUGUUUUGGGAAUCUGUAUGCUAAGAAGUGUGAAGCCUGCAAAAAACCUAUUACAGGUUUUGGUGGAGGAAAGUACAUUUCGUUUGAGGAACGGCAAUGGCACCAGCCGUGCUUCUCCUGCUCUCGAUGCUCUGUGUCGCUGGUGGGUGCUGGCUUCUUCCCUGACCAAGAUGAGAUACUCUGUCGCAACUGCAAUGGCAGCUUAUAGAACGCAACCCCUAUCCACACACUUUGCCUUCCCAUAUACAUGCAUACAUAUUCACACGUCUAUUUUACACUGCUGUGCCCUCACAUGAGAACUUCACAUCUCAAGAGAUGCCUAUGCUGGUACUGCUGUUUGAGAUUCCAGCAAACCAGCAAUCUGCCCCCACACACGGUCUGAGUUUCAUCAAAAUACUCAAAGAAUAGGCUUACUGGUUUAAGACCAGUAAAAGAUGCACCAAAGACUGCUGUUGAGUUGUUAAAGCCACGCAAUGCGGAGUUCCAACUGCAGUCCAUCCACUGCACAAUCCAGAAACAACACUCCAUAAAUGUGUAGGUCUCCAUGCACAGAUAAAAAUAUCUGAUCUACCUACUAGUUAUUCCCAUCUUUAUUUUUCCUGGCCAGCCAGAACUGUCAUUAGGUUAGUAAUGGUCAUUAAUGGGUGGAUGUAGUCUGUGUUUACAGCCUGUGAAAGAACUUAAGCAGAUUCCUUCAUAAACAUUAAAAGGUCAAAGUUUUGGUGUUCUGUUGGAAGUGACUGAACGCCCAUGUAGAAUUGUUCCAAACAGUCUGUGCCAAUCAAAGUGUACAUGAAUGAAAGCAGGACUGAUUUUUAGUUUUGGGAACAAUGAAAGUAACACGUUGAGAAGCAGCCACCCAAAGCUGAACAUCUAAGCAUUCACACACCAUAAGUCACACAAAUGUGUGUGACUUCUGUAGUUAGUUAGCAUUUUUUUCUAGAACUUCACUAAAACCUCUUGUCUUUCUUAGCAGAACUACAGCAUCAAACAACUUUUGAUGCAUUGCACAUGUAUGCAUACAUUUCAGUGGGAGUCUUCCAAAAGGAAUAGUAAUGUCAGAAAAAAAUAACAGCUGAAAUCUUUCUGCAGUCCAGAGAUACAGUAUUGUUCAAAAUAAUAGCAGUACAAUGUGACUAACCAGAAUAAUCAAGGUUUUUCGUAUAUUUUUUUAUUGCUACGUGGCAAACAAGUUACCAGUAGGUUCAGUAGAUUCUCAGAAAACAAACAAGACCCAGCAUUCAUGAUAUGCACGCUCUUAAGGCUGUGCAAUUGGGCAAUUAGUUGAAUUAGUUGAAAGGGGUGUGUUCAAAAAAAUAGCAGUGUGGCAUUCAAUCACUGAGGUCAUCAAUUUUGUGAACAAACAGGUGUGAAUCAGGUGGCCCCUAUUUAAGGAUGAAGCCAACACUUGUUGAACAUGCAUUUGAAAGCUGAGGAAAAUGGGUCGUUCAAGACAUUGUUCAGAAGAACAGCGUACUUUGAUUAAAAAGUUGAUUAGAGAGGGGAAAACCUAUAAAGAGGUGCAAAAAAUGAUAGGCUGUUCAGCUAAAAUGAUCUCCAAUGCCUUAAAAUGGAGAGCAAAACCAGAGAGACGUGGAAGAAAACGGAAGACAACCAUCAAAAUGGAUAGAAGAAUAACCAGAAUGGCAAAGGCUCAGCCAAUGAUCACCUCCAGGAUGAUCAAAGACAGUCUGGAGUUACCUGUAAGUACUGUGACAGUUAGAAGACGUCUGUGUGAAGCUAAUCUAUUUUCAAGAAUCCCCCGCAAAGUCCCUCUGUUAAAAAAAAGGCAUGUGCAGAAGAGGUUACAAUUUGCCAAAGAACACAUCAACUGGCCUAAAGAGAAAUGGAGGAACAUUUUGUGGACUGAUGAGAGUAAAAUUGUUCUUUUUGGGUCCAAGGGCCACAGGCAGUUUGUGAGACGACCCCCAAACUCUGAAUUCAAGCCACAGUACACAGUGAAGACAGUGAAGCAUGGAGGUGCAAGCAUCAUGAUAUGGGCAUGUUUCUCCUACUAUGGUGUUGGGCCUAUUUAUCGCAUACCAGGGAUCAUGGAUCAGUUUGCAUAUGUUAAAAUACUUGAAGAGGUCAUGUUGCCCUAUGCUGAAGAGGACAUGCCCUUGAAAUGGUUGUUUCAACAAGACAAUGACCCAAAACACACUAGUAAACGGGCAAAGUCUUGGUUCCAAACCAACAAAAUUAAUGUUAUGGAGUGGCCAGCCCAAUCUCCAGACCUUAAUCCAAUUGAGAACUUGUGGGGUGAUAUCAAAAAUGCUGUUUCUGAAGCAAAACCAAGAAAUGUGAAUGAAUUGUGGAAUGUUGUUAAAGAAUCAUGGAGUGGAAUAACAGCUGAGAGGUGCCACAAGUUGGUUGACUCCAUGCCACACAGAUGUCAAGCAGUUUUAAAAAACUGUGGUCAUACAACUAAAUAUUAGUUUAGUGAUUCACAGGAUUGCUAAAUCCCAGGAAAAAAAAAUGUUUGUACAAAAUAGUUUUGAGUUUGUACAGUCAAGGGUAGACACUGCUAUUUUUUUGAACACACCCCUUUCAACUAAUUGCCCAAUUGCACAGCCUUAAGAGCGUGCAUAUCAUGAAUGCUGGGUCUCGUUUGUUUUCUGACAAUCUACUGAACCUACUGGUAACUUGUUUGCCACGUAGAAAUAAAAAAUAUACUAAAAACCUUGAUUAUUCUGGUUAGUCACAUUGUACUGCUAUUAUUUUGAACAAUACUGUAUGUGGGAAAAUGAGGUUUGAAAUGUAUUUUGUAUACAGGUGGAAGACAGACUUGCAUUUGCACUACUAUAGCUUGAAUAAUAUAUAUAAAAGCACAAAAAUUUCAAGAUACAGCACGCAUUACAUUGUAUAUUUGCAAACUACAUAUUAUUUCCUGUUCAAUUCCUGUUUUUAAAUUGUUUGAUAAUUCAUUAUUACUUCUACAGUCAUAAUUUCAUAAUUACAGUCUCCUCCAUGUUGAGUGAAUGAAAUGAAACAAUAUUUGUGUAUGUCAACAGUUAUAGUAUGCAUGUUGUCAAACUUUGUCAAAUUGAACCAUUAAGUAUUGUUAUUUUAUUGAUGCCACUUUUACUAGUUUCAGCUUGUUUAUUUUUUUUUUUUUAUACAAGUGUAUAAUUACUAACCCUAACCCAAGAGAGAAAGAAUUGGCUAAUGUGGUUUUCUUAAUUAAAAUGAUUCAUGCUUUGUAAGUUU